AUGUUAAAAAGGUCAGUCCAGCUUCUCAGCGCUGCCCUCGCUGUCAGCGCAACCUCAAGUCCUCUGCCAUGGCAGAAAAAUGGCACAUUUGGCUACGGAACUCUCUCUACAACACGGAGCAACAAUGGCUCUACUCUCCGUGUCAACAUCCAAAACGGACCUAUCAAUCUUUAUGACGCCAAACUAAGCACAGACAUGACGGCCCUUCUCAACAGCCUCAAACCCGCCAACAUCCCUUCCAACACGACACACCCGCCCCCAAAAGUGGUGGUCUUCUCCUCUGACAAUCCCGACUUCUGGAUUGGCCACUAUGACAUCAACCUCAUCCUUCCAGGAGGAACGAACUUGUCCACGAAUGAAACUAACGCGCUCUUCGCCUCCGCUAUAAACGGUCAUGCAACGGGCUCGGGGAACGAAUUCCUCGUCCAAUGCGACAUGGCCUUCGCCGGGCCGAACGCCGUCGUCGGAUCCCUGGAAGGUGCUGUUGGAGGCCUGCAAGGCAACGGUGGGAUCCAAUAUCUAGUUCGCAAAUUGGGGAUGGCGAAAGCUGCCGAAUACCUCCUGGCCGCCACGAGCAUUGGAGCACAGGAAGCCGCUGCAGUGGGAUGGGUGAACCACGCGUAUAGUUCUGCCGAGGAGUUGCGUGAGGCGGUUGACGCAUUGGCUUACCGCCUCUCUCUAUUUACAGCUGGGUCGCUGAAUGGGACUAAGACUGCCAUUCGAGCCUGGGGACCAAGCCCAGAGCAAAGUGAUGCGGAUAUUGCAACCAUCCUCCGACUAUUUCCUGAAGAAAUUGAACACUUGCCAAGGUUGAUAGAGUUGUCAGAUAACCAGACUGCUAAUGCAUUUGAGUUGGGAGCUCUCAGGGAUAUCAAGGAUGUUGAAGAACUUGUCAUUCAAUAAGCAUACUGGGGGUAGGCGAGUGCUAAUUGUCAAUUCACCGAAGUGAAGGGCAGGAGCGGAG